CAGGCCCCGCCCACCCCUAUAAAAGCCCGCGCGGGGGUGGGGCGCCAUUGUGCUGCGGAGCAGGCCGCAGCCGCGAGUGUCCUGAGGCCUUUUUGUCCCGCCGGCGCCCGAUCUUGCUUUUCGGCUCUCACGCCUUCUUCCCUCUCUUUCCCCCUUUUUUUUCUCCCUUUCUAGGUCGCGGGAGAUGCCGCGCGUCUAUAUCGGCCGCCUGAGCUACCAUGUGCGGGAAAAGGACCUGCAGCGCUUCUUCAGCGGCUACGGCCGCUUGCUCGAGGUCGACUUGAAAAACGGGUAUGGGUUUGUGGAAUUCGAGGAUUCCCGGGACGCGGAGGACGCCGUUUACGAGCUGAACGGCAAGGACCUGUGCGGGGAGCGGGUGAUCGUGGAGCACGCCCGCGGCCCCCGCCGGGACAGGGACGGCUACAGCUACAGCAGCCGCAGUGGAGGAGGAUAUAGCAGUCGAAGAGCAUCAGGAAGAGAUAAAUAUGGACCACCUGUUCGCACAGAAUACAGAUUAAUUGUUGAAAACCUUUCCAGUCGCUGUAGUUGGCAGGAUUUGAAAGAUUUUAUGAGGCAAGCUGGUGAGGUAACCUAUGCGGAUGCUCACAAAGAACGCACAAAUGAAGGAGUAAUUGAAUUCCGUUCUUACUCUGACAUGAAGCGUGCUCUGGACAAAUUGGAUGGUACAGAGAUAAAUGGACGAAAGAUCAGGCUGGUUGAAGACAAGCCACGAUCAAGCCAUAGACGAUCUUAUUCUGGCAGUAGAUCAAGGUCCCGUUCCAGAAGGAGAUCACGUAGUAGAAGUCGUAGGAGCAGCCGCAGUAGAUCCCGUAGUGCCUCAAAAAGCCGAUCUCGCUCUAAAUCUAGGUCUCGAAGCAAAGAUCGUUCACGGUCCAGAUCUAAAAGUAGAAAGUCAAGAUCAAAGAGCAAGUCUAAGAUGAAAUCUGACAGGGGUUCACAAUCCCGCAGCAGAUCCAAAGAGAAGUCUGAGAAGUCUCGCAGCAGAUCCAGGUCGGUGUCUCGAUCGCCAAAAGAAAAUGGUAAAGGAGAAGCAAAGUCUAAAUCAAGGUCAAGGAGCAGAUCUCGUUCCAAUUCGCCAAUGCAGGAUGAACCAGCAAAGGCACGGUCAGAAUCCCCACCCAAGAGGAAUGAAUCGCGAUCCCGGUCACGAUCACAUUCAAAAUCCCGCUCACGUUCACGAUCCAGUUCACAAGAUUAAUACUGGAACUCAUUUCCCUUGUCACAUGAUUAUGGAACAUUUGUAUUCCAGGCCAGAGGUCUUUUUUAUGUUAGUAUUGGCGAAGUUGGCCUGCUUAGUUGCAGAAAGAAGCAGUCUGAAAACCACAUAAACGAAGCGCAAAAGUUUGAAAUAUCUAAAACUUUUUAUGAAAGUGGCAAAGAGCAGGAAAAGAUUAUCUUUUUGUAGAAAUUAGGGCAAAUCCUUGAUUAUUAUUUUUUAAUAGUGCCCCAUCAGAAAUCUGGGGAGUGGAAAAUGAGUUUUAUAUAAAAUCUUUUGAGUGCAGAAGGUUUUUGGAAAGGUAACUAUUCAUAAAUGUUUCCGUUAUUUAAAAUUACUGGAAUUGAUAGGCUAUGGCUUGCUUCUAAAAGUGCAUGAGAGCCUUAGUGAACAGGUCAGAGAUGCUUAUAAAGCUGAUAAGCCAACUAUGAGUUUGAAUUGGAACACUUCUGUGUUGUACCCAAACUUGCCAGAAGUUACUUCUUUGCUCCUUUGUCACCAUCUUGAGGCAAUAUUGACAACCUAAUAAAAAUGAUCCUCUCUAACUUUGCAUGCUGCAGUUUUGCCUAACAAAAUAAAGCUAACAUCAAGUGAAAUUCAAGGUACCACAUUACUUUUUAGUUGCCAAGUUCUUUGGUUGGUUGUUUUGUUGUUGUCUUAACUGCUGCCACAUUCUGCAUCUCAGUUAUAAGAGGUUGCUAACUUCCCAUGAAAGUGAUGGCACUUGAUGAAACUUCUUGUACUGAACUUAAGUUCUAGUGUUAACGGGUAGUCAAGAACUAGAUUUCCCAUUAUGAUUUGUGCAGCUGGAUUAGAAAUGAAAUCAGUUCCCCUAAUGUUUGUAGCAAACCAGUUAGCAACAAUAACAGGAUAUUAGCACAGCCGUGUAACCUUUAUACACUGUGUAGUUUGACUUGUAUAAAAUUAAAUCAUUGACUCCA